GUGUGUGUGUGUGUGUGUGUGUGUGGAACUCUUCCUGGUUUUCUGUUGUUAUCUCGGAAUCCACUUGGACCUGUACCUUUCAAGUCUGACCGUUUUGACUCGGUAGUCAUGCCGACAAACGAACACCUGGGAGGUUAAACUGCGAGUUAACUGACUUUUUGUCGAGUGGCAGCCUCUCGUUGGUUACUUAGUUGGUUAGCUGUGUGCUAGCUGUAGCAGCCCGGGUCAGUAACAGGUAAGACGGUUCGUUAUGGUAUAAAAAGUUCCUGGUUGGGUGUCGAUUAAAUUUCUGACGGGAUUUGUGUAAUCUGAGUUAACUAGUAGGCCUGUUGUCACUUGUGUUAGUUUGUGUUUGUUCGACCGGGGAGUUUGUUUAAACUUUAAACCGAUCCACUUCACCAACUAGCAUAAUGUUAGCCUAACAUUUAGCAUGCUAACAGCUGCGGGACUCCUCACGCCAAUCUCCCUCAACAUUAAGGUGAAUUUCACGGAUAAUGUCUCUCAGGUAACAUAUAAUUAUGAUGUAACAUGACUAAAUACACUUUAUGGAAAUAUCCGUGGACAGGUUAUCAUUCGGCUUUUCAUUCACCUUAAAACAUCGCCAUCUUUAAUGAUAUAUAACUUUAGUUUGGUAAAGUUUGGUUGGCAUUACCCGCUACUUGUACCGUAGCAGGGAGCGCCGUUUCACCUGUAGCUCAUACGAUUCGUAAGGUAAGAUACUGGCUCCUUAAAAUACAACGACGAAUGCACCAGACGAUGCGUUAACGCCGAACAGAUGUGAAACUUUUGGCGUUCUACAUCAUCAAAGUCUACUGAUUGAAUAUGAUUGAAUAGACACAAACCUAGUUGUCCUGCACUGUAGUUUGUUACGUGGACGUCUUAGUGCAAACCAAAGUUUGUGGGAAAAGAAUUAAGGUUGUUUUAAGUGAGUAGUAACUGGGCCAAAGUAAAAAUAAAAACAGCGGAGAGUUAAAUUAGGGACAAGUGAACACAAUAAAUCCAGAAAAGUCUCUGUUGUUCCACAACAGCUGCCUCUUGUUAUGAGGUGACCCUCCGUUUGUCAGGUUAACAGUUUGUUGUUUCAGUGAAAGCUGCUUCACUUGACACAGCUCAGAGUUGACAUCUGACAUGUCAGCACUAAAUAAUCAACUCCUUCUUGACUUUAUGUCCCAAAGACUUUUACUUAAAAAUUCUGCCUCUGAUUAUAGAUACACCACCAUGUGAAAAGAGGUUCAGGUUCAUCUACUUCAAACAUUUGCUGAGAAGACAGGGACACAAAAGUGUCAGUUUUUACCUUCGAGUAUGGCACAUAUUUAAAACUUCAGUAAGCUGUUGAGAUCCUACUGUGAGAUGAAACUUUUGUGGGGAGUUUGAAUGGGUCCUGAAGCGUCUCUGAAACCUUUUAAAGCCUCAAAUCAGGGGGAAAGUCAAUGUCAUCUUUACAUUGAGUCUACAUGUAAUUCAUAUGUUAUUUUCAGGUUUAGUGUGAACGCAACAUUUCUUACUCUAGCAUGCCCAGAACAAAGCACAAAAGGAACCACUUGGUCAGGGGAUGCCAAAACUGAAACAAACCAAAAGUUCCUCAGAGCAGCCUACAGUUAGAUAAAAAGUAAAAUUAGUAAAGUGUGAUCAAGUUACUUGGAACAAACCUAUACCAGAUCCUGUUGUUAAGGUCCAAAGUCCUUGACAAUCCAGUUAACUCAUAAAAGGUCAUCAGUCUAAAGGUGCUCCGGCAUGUGUCAGAGUUUUACCUGCAUUGGAAUACAGACACCUGUAUAUUGGAAUCGAAACUGUUCAUUUACUUUCAUAUAAACUUAAAUAAAGAAAAUAUCCUGAUCAGGUGUUCUUUGAUUAUGUACGUGUGCUUUAGUUUCUGUACUGAAAUUACAAUGGGAGGUCCAAUUGAGCCCUAAGGCACCCCAUGCAUCAGUGUAGCUCUCAUUAAGUUUUAUUUUUAGAUUCUAGGGAUGUCCCGAUCCAAGAUUAAUAUCGGAUAUCGGUCCCAAAUCAGCAAAAAAAAAAAAACAGAUAUCGGAUUGACCUGCAUCUAAACUCGCGAUUAUCAGCACUCCGAUACAAGCAGUCCACUCCAGACUCUGCUCCAGCACCUCUAUCUAGCAGCGCCCUGAUCCAGCAUACAGAGCCCACAUGAUCACAACAAAAUUGUGUACUAAGUUACGAACAAAGUAGUAAGAAGUAGGAGUGAUGUGGGCCAUAUUGCAGUAUUUUUUGUUGAAUUCCAAAAAAGACAUCGCAGCUGAUUGCAAAACUUAUUAUGAAAAAGUUUGUGCCAAUAUUGGACCAAUACCAAAGGAUACAGUAUCUGUAUUGUAUCGGAAUUAAAAAAAGUUGUAUCGGGACACCUCCUAACCGAGUCACACUGUGCCCUAAUUUUCAAAUAAUUAUCCAACUACUUUACAGAAAUAUGAGGUGUUCAGAACAGGUACUACUGUAAACAUCUGAACAUCACAGGGAGUGUAUUUUCAGGUGUGUUUGUGCAUGAAAUGUGUGUUUUUGUUGGCCUGGGUUUGUUUGUUUGUGAAGUUUGUGUAUUUGUGUUUUUUUCAGGUAUGUUUGCAUCCUGCUGUGGCUGGUUUUGUGAGGACUCAGCGGAUGAAUCUGCUGAGAGCGAGCGGCGUCAUCAGUCCUACACUAACUCAGCCUUCAGCACUCAGCCAUCGUCUCCUCCUGAACCCACCUGUAAGGCCUGUGGGGGAGGCUUUGACACACCUGCCAAGAAGGUAACUCCAGCCUGUAAAUGACACGAAUCAUCAAACUUAAAAUCAUCCUCCCAUCAUUACCAUUCCCUUCUUCUCUUUGGAGCAAACAUCAUCCCUGACUCAUGCCCUGUCCAUCACUAAUACACCUUCUCAGAGGUCUGUGAGUCUAAAAAAGCUCACAGACAGAUUAUCAGUCACAUAUGGACUAAGGGAUGAUCUAGUCAGCUUUAGUGGCUCCUGAUGAUUUCACCACUUUAAUGUACAUGUCUGUUGUCUCACGUAAUAUGCCUAUUAGAGUUAUCUAUUAUUUACAUUAGAGUUAUCUAUUAUUUACAUAAGAGUUAUAAAGCCUGAUGGCUGUUGGUACAAAAGAUCUUCUAAAUCUUUCUGUCCUGCAGGGAACAGAGAGGAGCCAUCCAUCAAGGUGUUAGUGAAGUGGGUGAUCCAUGUUCUUGAAAAUAGUCUUCACCUUCCUCAGUGUAGAUCUCUCCACCACAUUCUCCACUGAGUCCAGCUUGAUACCUACCACAGAGCCAGCCUUUUUCACCAAUUUGUUAAGACGUCUUGCAUCUUUGUGUUUGAUGCUUCUUCCCCAGCAGACUGCAGCGUAGAACAGAACACUUGCCACCACAGACUAAUAAAACAUCUGCAGCAUCUUACUACAGAUGUCCAUUGAUCGGAGUCUUCUCAGGCAAAAGAGGCGGCUCUGCCCCUUUCUGUAGAUGUAGUCUAUAUUCUUAGACCAAUCCAACUUAUUAUCCAGAUGUAGACCUAUGUAUUUAUAUGAUGUAAUCACUUCAAUGUCCACUCCACAGGUGUUCAGUGGCUGAAGAGGGGGGUUGGAUCUACGGAAGUCUAUGACCAUCUCCUUUGUCUUUGAGGUGUUGAGGAGGAGGCAGUUUUUGUGACUCCAGUCACUGAAGGCUCUUAUUAGAUCUCUGUACUCAGCUUCUUGUCCAUUUCUGAUACAUGCCACAAUAGCUGUGUCAUCUGAGUAUUUCUGGAUGUGGCAGGACUCAGUACUGUAUUUGAAGUCUGACGUAUACAGUGUGAACAGGAAUGGCGCCAGCACUGUCCCUUGUGGAGACCCUGUACUGGUCAUUGAUGUCCCAGAAACACAAUUCCCCAGCCUGACAAACUGUGGCCUUCCUGUCAGGUAAUCUGUGAUCCAGGAAACACAGGAAGGAUCCACUCCCAUCUCUGUGACCUUGACUUUGAGUAUGGUGGGUUGGAUGGUGUUAAAUGCACUUGAAAAGUCGAAGAACAUGAUCCUCACAUAAACCCCAGGUUCCUCCAGAUGAGACAGGGCACGGUGAAGCAUGUAGUGGACAGCAUCAUCCACGCCAAUGUGUUCUUUGUAUUCAAACUGCAGGGAGUUCGGUUUGUCUUUGACCUCAGACCUCAGAAGGCGUAGAAUCAGCUGCUCCAGGGUUUUCAUGAUGUGUGAAGUGAGGGCCACUGGUCUGUAGUCAUUGAGUUCAGCAGGACAUUUUGUUUUUGGUACUGGCACAAUGCAGGAUGUUUUUCACAGAGUAGGUACCCGCCCCAGCUGUAGACUCAGGUUGAAGAUCUUGUGGAGAGGUUGACACAGUUCUGCAGCACAGUCUCUUAGCAGCCUUGGACACACACCAUCUGGACCAGCUGCCUUCCCAGGACAAAGUCUUCCAAGCUCUAUCCUCACCCCUGUGUCGGUGACAGACAAGGACUGGUGUUCUAGGAGGGAGGCAGUUGAAGUGGUUGAGACAUUUGAAUUAGACGGAGGAGGAAGGGGAGAAGUUGAAGUGGUAAUUUGUUGCGGAGAGGAAGGUGGAGGAGCAGUGGAAGUGGGAGUGACAGCAGUGUCAAAUCUGUUGAAGAACAGGUUGAGUUCAUCAGUUCUUUCCAGCUAAUUCGCUAAUACACGCUCCCAAUGGGCCGAAGUCCAGACUGUUGUGUGAAGGAACGGCAAGUGAUUCACACAACAGGAUGGCCCAGCCAGGCUAACACAACUUCUCCUUGACAGUUAUGUGUGAAGGGUUACACCAUCUCUGGUUGACAAAUAAAGCCUGACCACCUCCUUUCUUCUUGCCACUAGCUUGAGCAUCUCUGUCUGACCUUAUGAGAGUGAAGCCAGGUAGAUCCACACUGGAGUCUGAGUUGUUUUGAUUCAACCAGGUUUCAGUAAAACACAGGAGACUGCACUCAUGGUAUGCUUUCUCAGUCUUCACCAAUAUCUCUAGCUCAUCGCUUUUGUUGGGCAGAGAGUUGACGUUUCCUGUGAUGAUUGAUGGAAGAAAGGGUUUAUAUCGCCACCUCCUAGCAUUCAGCUUUGCCUUCACCUUUGAAGCUUCACCUUAAGCUGUGUCUGGAGUUGAUGGUGCAUUGUUUUAUCACUGAGUAUAAGAGGACAAACCCAGAAAGCUUGUUUACACUAUCUAACUCACUCAGGUUUGCGUUUGGUCCAAAUGGUGCUCAGUGACAGACGACAUACAUGAUCAGGACAGUCCUCAUAUAAGAAGAGAUCUUAUGCUGCUUGUUGGGACUAAAAUGAGUUCUUAUUGUCUCUUAAUCAACCUGUCUUUUUGUGUGUCACAGUGUCCUCCAUGAUUACCACCUGUCUGCUUUAGCGCUCAGUUUGGGACAUGAUUGAGGCUAUUUUUGAUUGACAGCUCAGGUGACCCAACAGCCCUGCCUCUGUCUCACUCUCUCAACUGUCUCUCUCCCAGCAUUUGUGUGUGGACUGUAAGAAGCACUACUGCAGCCGAUGCUCUGCCCAGCUGGAGCCCCGCCCCCGCCUCUGUCACACCUGCCAACGUUUCUAUGGAAACUUAUUGGAGCGGGCAGAGCUUAUGAAGCUGAAAGUGAAGGAGCUCAGGGACUACCUGCACCUGCAUGAGGUCUCCACUCACCUGUGCAGGGAAAAGGUUAGUAAUUACACACGCUGUCUGACCCUGACCUCUGACCCUGACCCCUGACCCCUGACCCCUGACUCCUCAUGUGUUUCCUGUUCUUCAGGAGGAGCUAGUGGAACUGGUCCUGGGUCAGCAGCCUUCACCAUCCACUGAGUCCAGUCUAGAGACCCCUGAUACCAUCCCCACCUCUGUGACCUCUGACCUUUCUGAGCAGACCCCUAACACCCCCACCUUAAUUCCUGACCCGCCCACGCCGACCCCUGAACCUCCUGCUGCACAACCUGAAGCCCUGCCUCUGCCCGCGGAGACCGCUCCUGAAGAGGAGGACACUCAGGAUGAAGACCAGGUAAAACCACUGUGAGGUCCUGGAAAAUCUGGAAGUAAAUAUCAGUGUUUGUAUUUCUACAUUUAUGUGAAAUUCCAGAGUUGGCAUUUACAAACAGUGAGAGGAUUCUCGAGGAGCUCAAAAACUGACGGCAAGGAGUUCUGACCGAACAUUCUUAGAUCUACUAAGAGGCAGGCGCAGUCGGCCCCACUGAUAGCGGUGGUACGCUCAAUCGCUGGAAUUGGCUCAUCACUGAAAAGAGGGAAAAUGUUAAAAAUAUGAAAUAUCUGGUGAUCACUUUCUCAUGGGGCGCUCAAACCAAGCGCGAGUAAAAUCAACCAGCUUAAUUAGCACGAAUCUAGACUCGUGAAUGAAUACUAUUUGCUUGCUUCAUUCAUACGUCAAUGGUAAUUUCAACGGUAAUCCCUGUCAAUUCAACCGGCGGGAUCAAGUGACCUACCUACAACCUACCAGGUAAUCUGACCUCCUCACUCACUUGCCUCCAGGCGAGCUCCUUUUUAUUCCGGUUAUGAUAAUUGAAAGAAAAGGUAUCAUAUAACUCGGGGCACCCACACACAGACACAAUCAAUUUGUCCUCCAUACCAGUGAACGACUGUCCAUUUUCAUACCCGUCAACCUUUGUGCUGACUGGUUAUCACGAUGCCCAAGUUGAGACAUUUUCAGCUCCCGCUAGGGAUGUGGAGGAGAUAUGAUCUGAUAUUUUAAAAAACACGAGUAUUGGAUUAUGACAACAUGUCAAAUGGAGCAGCAAACUUUCGUUCUGUUUUUAUGUGUCCCAAAAAUGCACAUAUAGAGAUGUACUUGGAUACAUAAACUGGGCAGUAAGCUGUCAAGGUAGAGAGCAUUAUAUUUAUGGGACGGCAAAUAUUCCGAAUCAGAGGGCUAUUGUUGUCGGCUUAUCUGAAUAGUCUGAAUGAAAUCAUUAAAGGCACACGCUUUUGAAUCCACCCAACGGUAAGGAAAACUUGGAUUAUUUUGCCUUGUUAUGUACUUUCAACCACGCUCCCGUCAGGGGUGCAUUCUACGGCAUAACACCGGACCAAGAACAGUCGGAGACUGAGAAUGACAAAACGCCUCCGCUGUAUCCUCCUAUUAAGUUUCGUCGGCAAUAUGGACGUUUUACAGCUUCGCAAAACAUACGGAGCAGGUAAACCUGACACCAAUCUGCAGGUUAUGCCGUAAGGAAGUUGCAGAGCCGUUGUCUAACACUUCAAACCUACAUGCCCACCUCCAUGAACACCAUCCAGCACCAUUCGCCCAAAUCAAAGUAAAAACAACAUGACCGCAACAAGUUUGGUCUACUCUACUGCUUAUUAUUGACAACGUUAGUGACGUUUCUGCUAAAUUUAGCUCCAAAAAGCUAAUGCUCCUAACGUCGCGUUGGCUGCCUCUUGCUCAUAUUGUUUGUAUGUGCCAUGCUGUGCACAGAAAAGUGAUAUUGCAGUUUUUUGCCAUCUUUAAUAACGUUAAAAGCAAUGCACUUAUAUCAUGAUAAUAUUGUGAAUCGUGAUAUUUUGGGCCACCAAUAUCGUGAUAUCAAAUUUUCACAUUGGCACAUGCCUAGCUCCCGCCCGGUUCGCGUCAUUCGUGCCGCCAGAGUAGUAGGAGUGUCUAAUCGCAUCGUUGCAUUGACUUAACAUGUAAUUCAUUUGCGCAAAUGAUUUUAUUUGCCCUUGGUGUGUAGAGACAGUUACUCUUUCCACCAUGUCCUCCUCAGCUCCAGACAUUCUGAGCCCUCUUAAAGUCCCCCUCACUCCUCUUAAGAGGUACUCACCUUAAGCUCUCUCUUACAAACUAAAAUACUUUUGUCUUGACAAAGACUUAGUCUCAACUUUAAGGGGAAAGUUGUUCUCUGAACUUUCUCUGAAUGUCCUCACCAGGAGUGACUCUUAGGACUAGGAUACUUUGUGAAUACUAAACAGGUGUUUUAGAUGAAAGUUCUUCAUUAAAUUGAGGUUUCAGUCCAGACUGUGGACUCUGACCCAGACUCUCUUGUUUGUCUGCUCCAGAUCUGGGACCCUGAGGAGGCCCCUGUUCCUGGUCGCAGGGCAUCUCUGUCCGACCUGAGCUCUGUGGACGACAUUGAGGCCCUGAGUGUCCGGCAGCUGAAAGAAAUCCUGGCCAGAAACUUUGUCAACUAUAAAGGCUGCUGUGAGAAGUGGGAGCUGAUGGAGAGGGUGACUCGGCUGUACCAGGACCAGCAGAACCUGCUGGGUGAGUACCAGAACCAGACAGUCUCAGUUUGAGUUUCAAUUCCAUAACCAACAGGAGGAGAGGCAGACUGAAGGGCUAUCAAGAGUUUUAAUGCAUUCGGAGUUUCCCAUAAUAAAGUGGGGUCAUCACCUCAGCAGGGUUUUACACGAUACAGUAAAUUCUGAUGAUAUCAGUGACUGUUUGAGUCUACAGCUCAGACAGUUAGGACCUGACAAAUGUCUGUAUAGAUCCAUCUUAAAUUACAGUUUCUGUUUGUAACAGCACAUCAGGCCAUCUGACGUUGUGCUGUCUUUGUUAAAUGACCAUUGAAUGGUAUUUUUGACUUCAGUAAAUAAAUGCAGCGAUGUGAUGAGCGGCAGACAAUCUUGAUGCCAAAACAUCUGAGAAGUUCUUUGUGUAAGUAUUUUUCAUGAAAUUUCACAGAUAAUAAAAGACAAGGACAGAACUGCACGUCUUUGUCUUUUAGUACAAAGCAGCCGUCUCACUUAUCUGUGACCAAACCUGUAGACUCAUCUGUGAGGAAUUAUUCAGUCCUGACUAGGUCAAUAGAAUUGUUUCUGGUAAAUGAUAUAACAAAAAUAAGUCAGUACACCAUCAGAAACCAGAAUCAUAGUGUUUGUCAUGUAAACUGGGAUUUGAUUAACCAGGUUUUUCUGUGUGCUCAUGAACAACAUAUCCUUAAUAUGAUCAACCCCAGCAUACUGCGGACCAUGUAAAGACAGUCAUUUGUAAAGCUGGAGAAAGCCCUGAUGUUUCAGGAGAGGUCUGGAUGAGCCUUCAGAUCCUGUAGAUGUUGUCUGAGCUUUGUCCAGUAUUACACCAUCAGAGAAAAGUCACUCUGUGUUCUGUUUGCCUUUCAGCGGCCAACACUGUGAACUCUUCAGGUGAGUUUUCUGGUUUCUCUUAAUCUCCUUGCAAACAAGUCUCCUCUGACAAGCUGUUGAUAAAUGGUCAAAAGUGUCUCAGGUGGGCCCGGUACAUGUCAAAGCUCCCCCAGGAGUCAAUUAAAGAUCCACCAAAACCCUAGACCCCAACCAGGGGUGGACUGUUCAUCAGGAGUACUGGGAGUUUUCCCAGUGGGCCGAUCAAUAAAUGGGCUGGUGGUGGGCUGUUAAUUCAUUCAUUGCUGCGCCUCGCCUCUGUAACUAUGGUAACUCCUCAGCUCUCCAAUCAGCCCAAGGACAUGCUGCCGCUGCACACACAACACAACAGAGAGAGUCACAGAGGUGACAAUUGGUUGGCUCAGUCAGUGGCUUGUCUGUCAAGGCCACAGAUAUAUAGAUAUAGAAGACUGGAGCCUGCUUAGCGAUGUGCCUACAUGGCAGCCAUACUUAGCUCAUUUCUCAAUCUAUUUUCAUGUGGUUAACUUUGUUUUCAACACCAAAACAUGAGAUAUUAAUACAGAUCAUUUGAAUUGAAAAACUAAAUCAAACAAAUGUUAAAUCAAAUGUUCUGUAUUAAUAAAACACAUCUUUUGGCGAUGAAAAUAUAGUAAGCUGCAGUACAAUUGGUUGUGAAAUGAGCAAGAUAUGAUUUAUUUUCCAUGUACAUCUAAUGCAUUAAAUGGGAACAAUGCCCCUGCCAAGAUGGCUGCCACGUAUGCAUGCUGCCCAAAGGGGCACGUCGUAUCUACUGUUCAUAUAUGGUCAAUUCUGCCUGGCCCAAUGGUCCUAUAUGAGAGGCUACAGAGGCCCCGAUGUCCCACCCACGCAUGUGGUCGCCCCUCCUCACCCAGUCAUCUUUAAUGAUGAUGAACGGUCGAUGACGAGAGACAGCGAAACAGUGACGACAACACUGUGGCAACACUGGCCAAAAAAAUGGAGAAUGCAAGUAAAAAAACAGAAAGGCAGUGUGAAGACAUUGAGGGACAAAAAGAUAAGCUCUAGUGACACAGGCUGUUAAGAGCAGGAAACUGUCAGAAAUGUUUGCUAGGGGGACGGCAGCUAACAACACUGAUACUGCUGCUUUAGUGGGUCCCUUACAGCAGCAGAUGCUGUCGGGUCAUGCAGGUCUGCCCACAGUGCAGGAGGAGAUUGAGGAGGUGGAUGAUACAAGGGAAGACUCAUUAAGUGAAGGAGGUGAUACCGUGGUAAGCAGGCGUGCCUAAUAACAGCAAACUUCUUGUGGUUUGUUUCAACUAAAUCUAGUUAUCAAAAGUGUUGGAAAACAAUAACCAUACUAUAGUGACUAAUUGGUCAGUUGUUUUUAUAAACCAUUGAAGCCCUCUUUCAUGCUUUCAUCAGCGGAUGGCUCAAAUCUGCAAGAUUACAACUCACAUUUGAUGUGUUUUGAGCCUGUAGAUCUGCAGUUUUCACAGAUUUUGACCAUUUCUAUUUUACCUUGGGCAGCAGUAGCUUAGGAGGUAGAGCGGUCAUUCACCAACUGGAAGAUUGGCGGCUCAAAUCCCCCCUAUCCCUAAUCUGUCCAUUGUGUCUUUGAACAAGACACUUAACCCUCCAGUGUAUGACUUCUGCGGGUGUGUGAUUUGUAUGUAUGCUGCUUUGGAUAAAAGCGUCUGCUGAAUGACACUGUAACUUGUAACCUAUAAUGACCACCACCACCACCAAUGUCGUUUUUUUCUACCCACAGUCAAGUUUUGUCCAUGAAGGACAUUGAUCUACCAACUUAAAUGAUGUGUCAUUUUAUUAUUAUUUUUAUUUCACUUAUGGUUUAUCGUUCUUUCGGCCGUUUCUCAUUAAACAGUUAAAAUUAAUAAAACACAGAUUAGAUAAUGUUACAAUAAAACAUCUGCAUACAUAAUAUGCAGCUGUAUUGUCUAUUCAUCACGUUGAUCUUUACUGUCUGUUCUAAAAUAAGAUGUGAUCAGAUGAGACUGUAUGAGUAAGUGACAAAUAAACAGUCUUGAAUCCUAAAUCCUUACUCCAGUGUCUGCAUAGUUAUCAUUUAUUUGAACCGCUCCAGAAUAUAAAUGGAUAUUGUUCAGGAUAGUGGUGUUAUUAGGGCUUGUGUGUUUGUAUGUGGAUCCAUGGCGAUUUGGCACAGUAUCUGUACGUGGGUUGUAGUGGGCCGGUCUGGACAAAAAGUCCAGGGCCAAAUUUUUGUUCCACCUCUGACCCCAACUAAACAAGGUAAAAACUACAACCCUCCAAAGGUAUAAGGAAAUGAAACUGUCAGAGGAAAGAAAAGAGGAUAAAAGACACAACAAGCUGCUGCUGAUACCACCUCAAACAGGAAUAAAGUCUUAAAUUAUUUCAGUUUUUUAACCCUUUAAAGUUUCCUCCUAGUUUUAAAAUUGGCCCUUGCGGGGUCUGGUAUGUCUCUGUGUCCCUGUAGAGUCGGGUGGAGGAGGCGGUGCUGCCAGUCCGGAGGAGAACCUCUGUAAGAUCUGCAUGGACUCACCCAUUGACUGUGUCCUCCUGGAGUGUGGGCACAUGGUCACCUGCACCAAGUGUGGCAAGAGGAUGAGCGAAUGUCCCAUCUGCAGACAGUACGUCGUCCGAGCUGUCCACGUCUUCCGAUCAUAAGCGAACCAAACCAACCCGACCGAAGGUAACCCACAUCCAGUCCAACCUGCCCAGCCUCAGUUAACCACAGAGAGUGCAGAUGAGAGUGCAGGUAGCCUGACUGAGAGCUGACUCAGCUCCUGUUUUAAGUUCCUUGGUCAGACUGUGAACAGUGGCCAGCACAGGAAGAGAAAAUGACAUCUGUUUGAUUUCAUUUUUGUUGUUUCAGGUAUCAGCUCACCGUGCCUUGAGCCCAGCAGACUUUAUGAAUUAAUGUUAUGAUGGCUGAUGGGCUCCUGAGUUGGUGACGAUAUAAUGAAAAGUGCUGCCAUAUGAAUGUUUUGACAAGGACUGACUCAGAGUCAGACUGACAGUCAGAGCUUACUGUAUGUUUGUCAUUAUUUUACUGUGGUUUUCACAGAAACAAAGUCCUCCACUGAAUCUCAGCAGACUCUGGGAAACCUACAUCAUCUCCAUUUCUGAGCAUCAUAUGACAGACACCUGAGGGGACAUAGAGGGCCCGAACAAGAAAACGAUAACCUGAAAUAUAUUCCCUUGUUAGAUACACACAGUUACUGUUUGAAAAGAGUUCACUAGAUUCCAACCUGUAAUAACAUCACCCAAACCCUGGAAAGGGAGGGUGCUAAGUUAGGGGACAUGCUGUCUGAGGUGUCCCAUAAUCAGAGGUCAUGUGGUAACCUCCCGCCAAUCAGAGUUGAGUAUUCACCAAGGCUAGGGUAUACAGAGCCUUCAACAAGAGUUACCACCUCAUAUUAACGUGAAGCUGACUAGAAACGGCUUAAAAGAUUGACAGGAACACCGAGGAAGACUCAGAGUCAACAUUGAGUCUCAACUUUAAUCCUUUAGAGAGAGUCGCUGCUCGUGUCUCUGCAGAAGACUUCCUAUCAGCUCUUUGGUAAAUGAGGGACUAAAGAAAUUCAUCAAGGUACUGAACCCCAGAUGGGAGCUUAUCAACCACCUGAUUUCUUAAGAUUUCUCUCAGGUGCCUCUAAAUACAAAAGACAAAAGGGUUUCACAUUAAUCAGGAUAAUAAUUGAUGUAGACUGAUUGCAGCUACUUUGUCCUGGGACAUGGUGGACCUUGAACCUGGAGGUUUGGUAGGCUUUAUUCAGUCAGUAACUUAACAUGUUGUUCAAAAAAUCGAUUAUUGCUUCAGUCUGAGUGAAACUGGACUUUUAAAAAUACAUGUCAACUGAACAUGUUUGACUGAAAUCACAUUAAAUCAAUCUUCUCAUAGUCCGACUGACAUACCUGGACCAUGCAGAUUGAUUUUCUCCUCCUUGUAUUUGCUCACUCAAACUGAACCUGAAUGAAGCGUUGUGAGCAUGCUCAGUUCAUUCAGGCUCUGAGCUGGAGGUUAAAAAGCAGAAAUUACUUUGCAUUUCCUGUUGUCUGUUCACCAUGAUUUCUUCCCCAGUUGUCCUUCUCGCUGACUUCCUGUUGUGAGACUAAGAGGAAGGUAUCAAUGAAGGAACUGUGCAACAUUAAAGGGAUAUUCCGGCGUAAAAUUAACUUAGGGUCAAACAUGCCAUAACAUCGAGUUAGACACCCCCUUGAGAGAUAAAUGUUGCUGACCGCUUGCUUCUCUAGUUAUACCAACUUUAGUAAUGACCCCACGAUAGCAAUACACAGUGGUCUAUGUCUCCAUGCGCGAACCUCAACCAAAAAGCCACUCUAUAGCCACAAAUAAUGUUCAGAACGGCACCUAACUUCAUCAACAGUACAUACAGUGGAUAUAAAAAGUCUACACACCCCUGUUCAACUUCCAGGUUUUCGUGAUGUAAGAAAAUGACAGCAAGAUAAAUAUUUUCACAACUUUUUCCACCUUUUAAUGUGACCUAUAACCUGUACAAUGCAAUUGGAAAAACAAACUGAAACCUUUAAGGGGAAAAAUAAAAAUAGAAAUGUUAAAAUAACCUUGUUGCAUAAAUAUACACACCCUUAAACUAAUACUUUGUUGCAGCACCUUUGGCUUUUAUUACAGCACUCAGUCUUUUUGUGUAGGAGUCUAUCAGCGUGGCACAUCUUGAUGUGGCAAUAUUUGCCCACUCCUCUUUGUAAAACCGCUCCAAAUCUGACAGAUUGUGAGGGCAUCUCCUAUGCACAGCCCUCUUCAGAUCACCCCACAAAUGUUCGAUGGGAGUCAGGUCUGUGCUCUGGCUGGCCAAUUCCAAAGUCUCAAUCUUAUUCCGGUGAAGCCAUUUUUUUGUUGAUUUAGAUGUGUGCUUUAGGUCAUUGUCGUGCUGAAAGAUGACGUUCCUCUUCAUCUUCAGCAUUCUAGCAGAGGGCCAAAGGUUUUGUGCUAACACUGACUGGUAUUUGGAACUGUUCAUAAUUCCCUCCACCCUGACUAAGGCACCAGUUCCAGCUGAAGAAAAACAGCCCCAAAGCAUGAUGCUGCCACCACCAUGCUUAACUGUAGGUAUGGUGUUCUUUUGGUGAUGAGCAGUGCUGAUUUUGUGCCAACUAUACCUUUUGCAAUGAUGCCCAAAAAGUUCAACUUUGGUUUCAUCAGACCAUAACACAUUUUCUCAGAUGUGUUUGGGAGAUUUCAGAUGUCUUUUGCAAAAUUAAGCCAGGCUUUGAUGUUUUUCUUUGUAAGAUAAGGCUUCCAUCUUGCCGCCCUACCCCAUAGCCCAGACAUAUGAAGACAGCAGGAGAUUGUUGUCACAUCUACUACACAGCCAGUACUUGCCAGAAAUUCCUGCAGCUCCUUCAGUGUUGGUGUCGACCUCUUGGCAGCCUCCCUGACCAGUUUUCUUCUUGUCUUAUCAUCAAUUUUGGAUGGAUAUCCUGUUCUUGGUAAUGUCACCGUUGUGCCAUAUUUUUUCCACUUGAUGAUGACGGUCUUUACUGUGUUCCAUGGUAUAUUCACUUCCUUGGAAAUUCUUUUGUAGCUCUCAGCUGACUGAUAUCUUAGAAGAAUAAGAUCCCUCUGAUGCUUUGGAAGCUCUCUGCAGACCAUGGCUUGUGCUGGAGGAUGUGGCUGCAAAAAUGUCAGGAAAAGCCUACUAGAACAGCUGAACUUAAACGUUGAUCAGAGGCACUUUUGGUAAAUGGUGUGUGCUGACUCCAAUUUAACCUGAGUUUGAAUGUUAUUGGUUAAAUCUGAACACAGCCACAUCCCCAGUUAUUAAAGGGUGUGCACACAUGUGCAACCCCAUGAUCUCAGUUGUUUAUUUUUACUUCACCUCCCUGAAAGAUUUCUAUUACCUCACAGUUGAACAGUAGUAGACUUUUUAUAUCCACUGUAUAGGGCCCCAGCCAUAGUACUAGCCACCAAACAUCUUUUAUGAUCAUUUCUUCAUGGAAAUGCAAUCAGACUGGGACACUAAGGCCUUUUGGUUGAGGUGUGCGCGUGGAUUCUUCUCGUCCUGUCCCAUCCCAUCUUGUCACGUCUCAUCUCGUCUUAUUUGGAUCAGAUUUUGAGCUUGUUUUGGAUCAUGUUGCUGAUUCUAAAAGUAAAAAAAAUGUAUAAUUUUUGACCCAUGUCACUUUUUUUGCUUUAGUAUCAGAAGUAUUUGAAAAUAGUGAAAGAAAUGAUGGCACAAUAAGCAGGGUUGAGUCUUUUCUGCUGCUGUAUUUUGCUUCAACCUCUUUAUCACACUGACAUUUUUCCUCUUCUUCCUCUUUCCCCCUCUUCUCUAAAGGACUGACUGCCUCCAAAGCAACAAAUGGAAAUCCUCCUGAAGGGACCCUCUGCAGGGACAGGAAAUUUUUUUCUGUGAACUCUAUUUUUCUAGUGUAUAUAGGACGUGCAGUAUGACCGAGUGAAGAAUGUAAGAAGUGACCUUAUCCAACCCUUGGCCUGCAGAGCUACUGUUUGAAAUUCCAAAAAAAGAGUCACUGUGGACCAUAUCUCUGGAUGACAAACUGAAAACUCAUCAACAGAUUCCCCCGUGCCUUCAGCAGCUUGUCUGUCUAGUUCAGCAAGAAGACAACCCUGCAGCAAGUCCCGGAUCCUGACAGACUCCUGAAUCCUAAAGAAGCUUUAAGUCCACCAAAGUGACUCAUGGGUCCACUUUUAACACCAUCACACCUUGACAACUCAGCUGAUAGACAGCUCUUUUCACAGUCUCCACUUAGUUUACAGCCUGAAACCAGUUUACAUUGUAAAACCAACAAAGCUGUUCUCUAAAGUCGAAAAAUGUUAUUUAAGAAUAUGGCACUCUGUAGAUAAUGCUACAUUUUAAGUAAAGUAGCUGUAAAGUUCAGACAGCCCUUCUACCUCACCCUGCCACCCCAACAAAGGUGAGGGCCCCAGUUUGCCCCCCCCCCCAGCCAACAAAGUCUGGCUCAGCCACAAACUGAUCAUUAUUUUUUUACAUGUAUAGGUUCCUUGAAUCUCUGAUCAUAAAGAUCAUGAUUAGUUUGUUCAGCGUUCCAAGCCGUCAUUUUGUUAUUUUCUUUAUCACUCUCACAGAGCUUCAGAUUUAUUUUUCAUUUAACUACGAAGGAAUAAAGGCUUCUUAAUUUUAACCCUUUGACCUUCACUACAAGAUCUAAAUAUGGGCCCUUUUUUUUUUUACUUGUUACAGGAUUGAAAUGAGAAAACAAUUUUAAAGAAAGUGUCGCUUUAGCAGGUUCUUGCAGCCUGCAGCAGUAACAGGGACUUAAUGCACUUAUGUUUCUGCACCAAAGCAAGCAAAGAGACCUCAGCAAAAACAAUGACAGAAAAUACUUCAACAGAAAUCCUGAAGUAUUUGUUGUGAAGGUAAGACUUAUAUUCAGAUAUUUCCUAAGAAAUAUUUUCACUUAGGAAAACCCCUUCCCUUUUUUUAGAAAAUGAAUGCUGAUUUCCUAUAUGUUGAAAAAGAUAGUUGGGUCAUAUUGAAGAGUAAAAGAUCUUAGAUUUGGGACAUCAGUGUCCAUCAACUUAAUUCUUUGCCAUGGCAAGGCCCCAAAACCUUUAUCUGAAAGCACUUCUUACCUGCUCUUAGUGUUACCAUGUUUAAAAAUUGUCCUGCAGCACUUUUGCUGCCCUUAGGAGUGACCAUGAAGUCUGUUUAAAUGCUCACUGUACUGCUUAAUUUUUCAUUUGGCGGCAUUGUCGUGUCUUGGUACUAUCAGGGGCUGUAGAUGAUGAAGUUGUAUCCAGUUAGUUUCUGUUCUAAACACACCAUAUCAUGCCGUGAGUGUUUCUGCCUUAAAAAAGGUUGGCAUUAUAUUUUUGACAGGUGAUCACAUUUAGACAGAAACUGCUAACCUUCGCGCUCAGGGCCUCAUCAGACCCCACACUUAUUUUUUUAGAGGUUUCAAAUCCGUGCUAAACUUAAGAGAGGUAUCAUUUUACAAUUGUGCUCAGUAACAAUGGCUGUAAGCCAACGUGGACCCGGGCUUUACAGUCCCCAGCAUUUUUUUUUUUGGUUCGUUUUUUGGGGAAAGUCAACUUAAAAGGAAGAUGAUGAAUGAUUUUGGUUGUAGGAUUUGUGCUGUAAUUUUUUGGUGGUGUUGUUUUCUGGGUUUGAGGCUCCCCUAGUCAUUGAAAAGCAAUAAGGAAGGUCCAGUCAGCAUGGGGGGCAUUUGAAAAACCUACAGCAAUUUUCUAUUUUAAUGCUCUUUGAGUGGAAUUCAAAGACUCACUUAAUGGAUCAGCUUACCUGUACUGGACUUCAUGUUGCUCAUGAGACUGAAAAAGAAGAGGAUUAACCAAAUGUUCAGACUCAAACCCUCAAAUAGAAAAUUGAGAGGACCCAGGAAGCCUCCCUGAGGAACUCCACAGGUUAUGAAUGACCAGGACCAGGUGGUGUUUGAGUCUUGACCAGCAGUCCAUCUCCUCAUUGGUGGACUCUUUGGUUUGAAGUUGCCUUGGUGUCUUGUUUGAACUCUGAUUGCACUAAUUUUUUAACAGUGAAUUAUUUUCAUCCUCUUUUGUUGAUUUGGUGAGAAAAAAAUGUGCUGAGACUUUUUAUUAUAUUUUCCUCCAGUUUAUGUUCUUGUGAUAUUUUCAUGGUUGAUUUUUGUUGUUUUGGGUUUGAUCAAACAUUUUAUCUGUAAAAACUAUUUUUCUAUCAUAUUUUUGGAUUGUGAUGACUCAGCUGUUCUACUUCAAGUAAAUCUCUGAUUUCUCUUUCAAAACACAACACCUGAUGUUUUGAUCAAUGUCAUGUCACCACUCUUGGGUUAGGAAGAAGCACAUUAAACCGCUGUGAUCACGGACUGUUCUUAAAAACUGGACAAAGCUGAUGUUGGCAGUUGUCUUGAACCUCAGGAGCUUAGUACCCCCAGGAGUUCCCCCUCUGCUCUCUGUGACUCUGAAUGAACAUCAAGCAGUACUGGAGAAGACUGUAAACUAGAUAUUGGGACCAUAUACUCAUCUAGCCUGGCUGGGCCAUCCAGUUGCGUGAAUCACUUGCCGUUCCUUCCCACAACAUUUAUGUGUGUUGUUGUGGGAAGGAAUGGCAAGUGAUUCACGCAACUGGAUGGCCCAGCCAAGCUAAUACUCAUCUACACCAUAUCUACUGAAGGAACAAAUUGGCUGAGAAGUAGGACCAUUUUCUAAUAAACUCGUGGUCAAUCUCUGACUUUUUUCUGCCAGUCGGAGUCGCCCCGUGCUGGCUGUGUGCAAUAACUUAGGUUCAAGGCAACCCGGUAAAGACCCAUAGGCUACGCUCACUUUUUAUACACAGUCUCUGAAUAAGAUCAACACAGCUGGGAGUUGAUAUGACAGCAUCCAGGUGAUUUUGUAUUUACUGCUGUGGUUCUCAAAAUUGUGGACUCAUCGGAGAAAAAAGAUGGUCCAGUUUGAGCCACAAGUUUCUCAGAGUCGCUGAAUUUUCCUCCUUUUACUUGGAGGCGGCAUCUCCACUUUGCAGGUUCUCGGAUUGUGUUAUUUAAAAAUAGUUAGGUAGUCUGAGAAGAAAAACUACCGUCAGCUGAGUCAAGUCUCUAAAAUAGGAUUUCUGAUUUUGUGCUCCAUGUUUAAAUGUUCACUUUCAACCUGAUUAAGAGGUCCUGACCUACAGGUACAGGUUUAGAACUACUGCUCAAUAAGAAACGUUGAAUGUUCAGUUUUGUUAAACGCCUUACUUAAACGUCACUCCAGACACUUUGUGAUGAUGUUAAGACAUCACUUGAAUCUUUCUAUAAAUAAAUAUUUGAACAUUGAAAAAAAAAAUUCUGUGUAAACUUUGCUGAAAACUUUGAAUAAAACUGUUUGUCUCUCA